AUGGCCAAACAGGGCAAAGUGAAGAUUGUGCAUGUUCUGCGAAAUCCAAAAGACAAUCUGUAUGACACCAUCAACAGACUUGUAGAAUUCCUCCAGCUUGAUCGACCAGAAUCAUUUCUGCGUGACGUGGAAAAAGCAGUUCAAUUUGAAAAUCUUCAAAAGGAACAUGAAACAAUAGCAGGAGAAACGAAGAUCUGGAAAGUUUUCGGGGACGGUGGAAGAUUACCAAUUUAUAGGAAAGGAUGUAUCGGUGAUUGGAAAAAUUACUUCACAGUUGCGCAAAACGAAAGAUUUGAUGCAGUAUAUGACAAAGAGAUAAAGGAGCAGGGUAUUGAUCUCCCAUUUUCCUAUGAAUGA